AUGGCCGCAAUGUUAAAUUCCGAGCAAAGAGCUGCUUUUAAUGUCAUCAUGAAGGCCAUAGAUGAAGGAGCAAAUCCAAGAUUAUUUUUCAUUGAUGGCCCAGGUGGGAGUGGGAAAACAUUCUUAUACACAGCUUUAAUAAGUACCUUACGAGGAAGAUCUGAAACUGCGCAUGCCUGUGCUUCUACUGGCAUUGCUGCAAAUUUGCUUCCAAGUGGACGAACAUAUCAUUCAAUGUUUUGCUUAGGAAUAAAUAUUUUAGACACAACAGUUUCCGCAAUUACGCCUCGCUCAAAAGUGCCAAAAUCCCUCAGAGAAUCUAAAUUAGUUGUGUGGGAUGAAUCCACUAUGGCAUCUUCACACGCAUUAAAUUCAGUGGAUAGAUUGAUUAGGGAUAUAAAUUCCAGUACGCACUUUCCUUUUGGCGGUAAAGUGUUUGUCCUUGGAGGAGACUUCAGGCAAACAUUGCCGAUUGUACCUCAUGGCACCAGAACAGCCUGUAUAAAAUAUAGCAAAACCUGGAAGAACUUCCAUACUUCGAAAUUGAUCAAGAACAACCGAUCGGUUGAUAGAGAAUUCAGUGAUUGGUUAUUAAAACUUGGAGAAGGAACGCUAACUAAUGAUAUUGGCCUAGAUGAAGAACUAAUAGAAAUACCACAAAGCAUGCUGUGCAAAGGUGACAUAGUAAAGGAGAUCUUUGGGGAUAAACUUCAUGUAGCAGAUAUCCCCGACUUUGCGAAUAAGUUUAUACUAACUCCAAUCAACAAAGAUUGUAAUGAACUAAAUGAGAAGGUACUGAAUUUAUUAGAUGGUGAAUGUGUUACAUACUUAAGCUAUGACUCAAUAUUAGAUGGCAUGGAUGAAGAUUGUUCCAAUUAUCCAAUAGAGUUUUUAAACAGUUUGAAUCUUUCGGGAAUUUCACCACAUGAAUUGAAAUUGAAGAAAAGUACCAUUGUAAUUCUCAUUCGAAAUCUGAGGAGCGGUCUGUGUAAUGGAACACGACUAAUUAUUCAAGAUUUACUGCCUAAUAUUUUAAAGGCAGAAGUGUUGACUGGCACUGCUAAAGGGGAAGUAGUAUUUCUUCCUAGAAUUAUACUGGAUACUACUGACAGAUUGCCUGUUGUUCUUCGAAGAAGACAAUUUCCAGUAAAGGUGGCAUUUGCAAUGACAAUAAAUAAAUCGCAAGGACAAACUACUGAUAAAGUUGGAAUAUAUCUUCCACAACCAGUAUUCGGCCAUGGUCAGCUCUAUGUAGCAUUUUCAAGAGCAAAGCUCUCUGAGGACGUAGUUGUCCAUGUAGUGGACACUCCACAACAAGGAAAACUGAUAACAGGCAGUAAUAGAGUUUUCACACCGAAUAUAGUAUUCAAGGAAGUUUUCGAAAUUAUAUAG